AGCUGCAUUGGAGGUUUCUUUUUUAAAAAAUUUAAAUUCAAUAAAUUUUAUUAUUUCUGCUCUCAUUUUCACUUUUCAUCAUUGGAAUUAAAAUAUUUAAUUCAUUUGUCAGGACAAAAUAUAAAAGUACAGAAAGAAUUUUUAGCAAAACUUGUUAAAAUUAAGAAAUAAAAAUCAGACUUGAAAGAUUUCCCUCAAAUCAAAAUAAAAACAAAAAAAGUUCUUUGAAAUGGAAGAUAUAUUCUACUGGUGUCGUGAAAACAAUACUAUACAAGUGCGUCUCUGGUUAGAUGACACGGAAAAUGAUUUUCAGAAAGGUGAUGAUCAUGGAUUCAGUCCUUUGCAUUGGUGUGCAAAAGAAGGACACACAAAGCUUGUUGAAAUGUUUUUAGCCCGUGGAGCUCGUGUCAAUGCUACAAACAUGGGUGAAGACAUCCCAUUACAUCUUGCAGCUGCUCAUGGACAUUUGGAUGUUGUUUUAAUGUUGAUCAAAUCAAAAUCAGACAUAAAUGCACAAAAUGAACAUGGAAAUACUCCACUACAUUAUGCUUGCUUCUGGGGUUAUCAACAUAUAGCCGAGGAGCUUGUCAGUCAUGGUGCUUUAGUGUCGUUAGCUAAUAAAGAUGGUGACACUCCUUUGGACAAAGCAAAAGCAUUACUUGCCAAACGUUUACACGACCUUGCAAUUGAAAGUGGACAAGAAUUGAAGAAGAUUAGCAUCAAGGAUCAAAGUUGGCUUGGACUUAAGACAAGGUCACGCGAUGCAACUUUAUCACGUUUCAAAGGCAUCAACAUUGAAGAUUUGCAACUUCAUACGAAAGUUUCCAUUAGUCCAUCAGGUGAAACAUGGCGUGGGCGUUGGCAAAAAAAUGAUAUUAUUGCGAAAAUCUUGACAGUUCGUGAGAUUACUCCACGAGUAUCACGUGACUUUAAUGAAGAAUUUCCCAAGCUUCGAAUCUUCUCGCAUCCAAACAUCUUGCCAUUAAUUGGUGCUUGUAAUUCACCAAAGCAUCUAGUGACAAUCAGCCAGUACAUGCCGAGAGGAUCUCUCUAUGAUUUAUUGCAUUCAGCUGCUGGUGUUGUUGUUGAUACGGCACAAGCGAUAAGAUUUGCAUUGGACAUUGCUAAGGGAAUGGCUUACUUGCAUUCAUUGGAAAGAAUUAUUCCUGAAUACUUCCUCAAUAGUUAUCACGUUAUGAUUGAUGAAGACCUCACAGCACGCAUCAGUAUGGGUGACUGUAAAUUCUCGUUUCAAGAACGUGGACGAAUUUAUCAACCAGCUUGGAUGUCGCCGGAAACAUUGCAACGAAAACGUGCUGAAAGAAAUUGGGAAGCAUGCGAUAUGUGGAGCUUUGCGAUUGUUGUGUGGGAGUUAAUGACAAGAGAAAUUCCAUUUGUUGACUUAUCGCCAAUGGAAUGUGGAAUGAGAAUUGCCACCGAAGGAUUACGAGUGCAAAUCCCACCAGGAUCAUCGACACAUUUAGCGAAGCUUAUAAAGAUUUGCAUGAAUGAAGAAGCUGGAAAACGUCCUCGUUUCGACAUGGUCAUUCCAAUUCUUGACAAAAUGGGAUCGAAAUUUUAAAAACAAUGAAAUGAAAUUUUCUAAAACAUUUUCAAUGAUUUUCUAAUUUUAAAAGUGGAAAAUUAACCGGUCAUUAAUAUUUUGUGUUCACUCAUAAAUCUCACAAACAACAAUCGAAUUAACAGUGCCAACAGUUGUAAAAAAGAGAAUCAAUCGCAGAAAAGUAUUUUAUUUGUACUAACUUAAGUGCCUCUUGUGCUUAUAAGCUUGUUUAGAGCCAACUAACAAAACUUUUUGUCUUCUUAAAUGUGCCUAAAUGUUUGUUGUAGUUGUUAAUGAUGUUUAUUCAGUUACCAGACUUAAUUUCUAAGUCAUUAUUGUUUAUCCUUCUUUUUAAUCAAUUUUCAUUAAUUUCUUGUUUUUAAACUCAUCUGGUAACAAAACAAAAGCAAAAAAAGGUUUUUAACUUAUCAAAUUAACAUGAAAACUACAUGAACCCUUUUUUUAACCAUAAAGUUUCGUAAGUUGAUUUGUUGUAAUUAAAUUUUUAAUCGAGGAUAAUUAUAAAUUACAAUUUUAAAUAAACAUUUUAUUUUGUAAUAAAAAAAAAAAUGAAAAUUUAACUCAAAAAAAAG